AUGGCGUCUCUGAAAGGAAAAGUCAUUGCUAUCACUGGUGCGGCUGGAGGCAUAGGAUCAGUGACCGCUGAUUUGCUUGCCUCUAGGGGCGCAAGCCUUUCUUUGGCCGACAUGGAUGAAAAGGCUCUUAAUGAAACUGCCAGAGGAAUUCGUGACAAGCACAAAAUCAAUGUCCUCACUACUAAGGUCGAUCACUUCGGCAAGCUUUCUGGAGGGGUUAACCUGGCGGGGACAGUUGGGAAAGAAAUCGGAUUGAAGGCUGCUCAUGAAGUCUCGGACGAAGAUUUCGACCUGGUCAUGGCGAUAAAUGUCAGAGGGGUCAUGGCCUGCCAGAGAGCCCAGUUACAAAAUAUCGAAGAUGGAGGAUCUAUUGUCAACGCCACCAGCGUCGCCGGGAAGAUAGGCAUACCUAACCUACUGGCAUACGGUGCGAGCAAGCACGCUGUCAUUGUGCUAACUAGGACUGCCGCAAUGGAGAAUGGCCAUCGGCGUGUGAGAGUGAAUGCAGUGGCACCUGGAAGCAUCGACACUAAGAUGCUAGGGAAGACAGAAGAAGUCGCCGCCUUGAUUGCAUUCCUGCUGAGCGACGAAGCCGCAUUUAUAACAGGUGCAGUUUAUACAAUCGACGGUGGCAUGACUCCGUAG